UCGUUACCAUUCUGCAAUGAUAUGACUUCCGCAAUGCUGCACUGAAUACAUAGACUUAUUAUAUAACAUUAGUCUAUGGGAAUAAUAACGUCCGAGAGAGAGGAUGUCUGUUGAUUGUUACUGUAAAGAAACAAUCUCCAAAAAAACACAGUUGCCGGGUUGCUGAUAUUAUUCAACAGUGCUGUGUAGUAUGGGGAACAUCGCAAACGUCAUUAAGUUAAACCAUGACUUGGAAGAUCUGGAGAUGCAGACGGUCCGCUACAAGCCGGAAGGAAUUGACAAGCUAUGCAGGUCAACAAAGUUCACAAAGAAAGAACUUCAGUUGAUGUACAGAGGCUUCAAACAGGAGUGUCCGUCGGGUCUCGUCAACGAAGAAACAUUCAAAGAGAUUUAUUCCCAGUUUUUUCCUCAAGGAGACACCGGACAUCCUAUUUACGGCAGAUCAAAAGAACCCAAAAAUUCCAGCCACUAUGCUCAUUUUGUCUUCAAUUCGUUUGACACAGAUCACAAUGGCUCGAUAACCUUUGAGGAAUUUGUUACAGGUUUGUCAGUACUAUCAAGAGGUUCAUUGAAUGACAAACUUAAUUGGGCUUUCAACUUGUAUGACAUCAACGGAGAUGGGUACAUAACGAGAGAAGAGAUGCUGAGUAUCAUCCAAUCGAUAUAUGACAUGAUGGGCAAGUAUUCAGAACCUACGUCAGAGGAUAUCACCCCGGGCGAACAUGUUGAAAGAGUCUUCCAGAAAAUGGAUCUGAACAAGGAUGGUGUUGUAACAAUAGAUGAGUUUAUUGACUCGUGCAGAACUGACGAGACUAUCACCAAGUCCAUGCACGUCUUUGAUACGAUAUUAUGAAACCUGUAAACAGUACCGCAAGGAGAUCCUUUUUUUAUAUAUUACCAGCAAACGAAACAUUUGAAGAAAACAAAAAAAGAAGAGAUGUGAAACCAGACACUUUUUAUCUGCAGGGACCUACUUUUGCGUGCUAUAAAUCUAUGCCAUCCUACAAGUGUUUUUUUUUUAUAUGGAGGCCUAGUUUUUAGAGGAGAUCUCUAUGUGUUGCGAGGAGGUAUGCUGCUGUUCAAUUCUACUGAGCUCUUACAGUCAAGUGGUUUCUCAAACAAAAGACCUGCUGUGUCUAUUAAAGGGAUCGGAUCUUCGGUAAAUGGGUUCAAGUUUUCUGGUGUCCAGGGAAAUCUGUCCGCCAGAGAUUCUGUCCCCCAUAUAGGAAAUUAACGUGAGCUGAAGGAGGAUGUAUCAAAAGAGGGCGCUAUCAGAAGUAGUUUGUACACAGUUCUCCGUAUGGGGGGGGGGGACACAGAAUCUCCUGCAACGACGGAAUAACUUUAAGAAAAGUUCCUGCUGUUGCGGCAUAACUUCAGUGCUGGUUCUGCUUUUAGAGUCACCAAGAAAGAAGUCACCCAUCCAGUUUCUCCCUAUCUCUUCAGAUGAUUGGUCCGUGUCUUGAGGAUGUGAGUAAUGAGUGAUAUGUUGCCAUCAUCAUCGUCAUCAAGUAACAAGUAUCACACUGAGAAAGUGAGAGACUUCAAUAGUCAUGACUUGUAGACUUUUUUGACUGCAAGGUUUGUUAAACAUGUUCAUCUAUGGUUUUGGAUUAAGAGGUUGAGGUUUUGUAGGAUAUCUAUCCAUUUUGAAUUUUUUUUCGGUACAAGGUUACUUUUUCUCUCCUUUAUUGACCCCUGGCAUGAUGCGUUUUGAGGAGGUGUGUUCCAUCUGCAGGGGUUCAAUAGGAAGAGGUGUUGGCUUUGAAAAAUUAGUUUUUCGUAACUGGCUCUUUUCCAAGCCGACAUCAUUCUUUCUUGGAGAGAUAAUUGUGUACCCAAGAAAAACAAGAUUGUGAAUUGUAAAACGAAACAAAAAUCAUAGGAGAAACAAACGAGAAGAAUUAACAUAAGGGAAAGUUCACAUUACGUACAUUUUGUUUUUUCUUUAAUGCGGACGACAGGCUUGUAUAGAAACUCAUGCUUUUAAGAAAAAAAUAUGUGUCUAAAAAAAAAGAGCAACAAAAUGAUCUUGUGCCUUGUGAAUAAGAUGGCAUAAUUAAUUUGUUCUGUACAGAAUUAACUAUAUCUUGCUAUUCGAAAUACCUGACUUAUACUUUUGGGUAUUUCAACUGGAUAAAAAGGAAUAUUCGGGGAAUUGAUUUGAGAAAUAUAGAAACAUUCUAUUCAACAAUUGAUUUCAAAUUGUGGGUUGUUUUUAUUUAAGGAUGUCAUUCAGGGAGGUGUUGUUUUUGUGUUGAUUUUGAUUAUUAUUGUUGUUGUUUUGGUUGAAUGUUCUCUUGAAGUAUUAUAAUCAGUUAUAAGUUCAAUUUGUGUGCAUUUACAAUUUAUGGCCAGUUGUAACUUACUCUCUGAUAUUGUGUUGCUAUAACCUCGUAUAGAUCUAUAAAAAAAAGUACAUUCAAAAUACUAUUCAAUUAUCAUGUUAUACUUAUAAUGCAAAGAUUUUCACUUAUCAUGGAUUAUUAUACAAAUGCGACAAUUCUGACGUGCCUACAUCAAUUAUAUACUCAUAUAAUUAUACAAUAGGUGUGUACAUGUAUAUAUACCGACACAGUAUCUUCUUUUGUGUAUUUAUCAUUUACUAUUGUCUCUUAAACGACUCAUUUAUGAGUUGUAUGGAAGCGAUUUUUGUCAAUCUGUGUAUUUUGUAUCCUUCUAAAGAUCGCACAAUGCAAUAAAAUGUAGUACUCAUUAUAGUGUAGAUGUGCAACUUUAUUAUUAUCUUUGUAGAAACAACAAAAUCUUCCCUUCUAUCUGCUUGGGCGUUCAACAUAAACUCCUAACUGCCCUUUAUUACUUAAACAAUGCCAUACAUAUUUAAGCCAAUACAAACAAAAUAUAACAUCUCUCAUUUUUUCUUCAAAAUCCUCAUCGUGCAAGUCAGCUUUUCCUUGAAGUUGAGUUAUAGCUGUGUUUAAGAACAUUCUAUGUGUUACUGUUUGCAGCUUGUUUGUUAUGGCACACUUUGUAAGAGAUGUUGUUUAAACGCUAAUCAAAUUUGUUUGGUUAUCAUCUAUUAGCAGGGAAAAAGUGUCAAGCAAUGGAGUGGAUAGUUUGUUUUUGACUGGUGAUGUGUGCUGCUAAGCAAGAGUUUUUCAGGCACAGCAACUCUUGUGCCUAUAGAUAGCGAAGUAAGACUGUUGAAGGUUUUUAAAAGUUGCCAGCCAACAUAUAUAUGUUCCAUUAUAACCUGUGUUGCAUGAGUACACUCAGUCACCAUGUUACAAUCAGGGAAGGAGGUGACUACUCUAUGUUCUCCCAGGUCAAAAUUCCAGUUGAACCUAGUUAAACUGGGUUUAACUGGAACUAUUUGAAAACCAGUUGAUAAACUAGUUAAACAAAGUUAAAACCAGUUGGUUUAAUAUGGAAAAUGAAUAGAAACUGGUUUAAAAUUUAACCCUAGUUGAACACAGUUAAACCUAGUCCAAACCAGUUGGUUAAUAUGGAAAAUGAACGAGUUUGGUUACUAUCCAAUUGAACCAGUUGACCCCAGGGGGUCAACUGGAAUUUUUACCUGGGCUGAUACCCCUGUGUUCCAAUAAUCCCUCCUGAUCUGUUAGGGUGGGGAUUAGGAUUAGGAACAUACAUUUGUAGGGGUGUCUUAACAGAGUGUUUAACCAGGAAGGGUUCAAAUUUCUUCACUGGUUAACCGAUGAACAAACACUUGCUUAAAAGUUUUCUUGGGCCAUCCUCAUAGGAUCAGAAGAACACUUCACCUGGUUAAUUGUGAUUUAUCAGCAUUUUUCUGAAAUGCUUAGAGGUGCAAUAUUCAGAAAUGACCUGAAAAGGCCGAUUAUGGGAGUUUGAUCCUGUUGCCCUUACUUCAUUCACACAAAUAAUGUUGCAAUUGGUUCUGGUACACUCUCUGGUUAGUUUUUAACUUAAAUUUGUAUCAUUGUUAUGCUGCAAUGUGUAAAUACUGAGAUGCACAUUUAAUGUCUGUUUGAACAAACUUUGCUUAAGGUGGAAUGCCCAUGUAGUGGCAGAAGCAGGAUCAGAUGGGAAGAAUCUGUCAACUUAAAUGAAUGAUUUCAGGGCACUCACAUUUUUUUGUUUAAUAUCACAGACGAAGGAUGAACAUUUCAUUGCAACAAUCAUUAGAGCUACAAAUUAAUUGCCUAUUGACAAAUGUUUGUUCUAGAUUUCCGUUAGUAUCAUCAAAGGUAAUGUAACUAGAAGUCGUUCAAGUACUUGAGUUAGUCAAUUGAGUCAGUCAAGUGCCGGGUACGCAUGAGUACAUGAACAAGUAAUUGAAGCGGAAUGCUCUUUUCAUAUCUUAGACCUUUCAUUUCGUUCUGUGAUUGUUUUUGUAAACUGCUUGAGAAAAUAUUUCUUCCUGAUUAAUGGGCUGCUAUUCUAUUCUAUCUAUUUGUUAUUGUUAGUCUGUAAAUAAUAAUAUAUUUUAACAUUGUAAAAUAUUGAACCAUGGUCUGUGUAUUUUGGGUUGUUAUGUUUCACUCAUAUUUUGGGCUAUUGCCUGACACUCACUUUAAGAAUCAUGUGGUUAUUUUUUAUAAAGUGCUGCUGAGUUCACACUUAUAUCCCCUCAAAGACGUUAGUUGCACUUACCAGUGUACUUUGAAACUUGUUUUCAGAUGGCAUUAUUACACAGGCAAUUGUUUUGAAGACAUUAUACAGGAUUGGUAGAGCUGACACAGUCUUAGGCCGGAUCCAAAUGGGCGGCUACAGCUACGGCUAUGGCCGGAUCGCCGCGUCAUCAUGCAUUCAAGUAUAGGACGCCCUUAGCAACACCCCUGGCAACGGUCGUAGCCGCAGCCGUAGCCACCAAUUCGGACACGGCCUUAGACAAUGUGCAUGUUUUGGGUGAUUAAUCAUAUUAAUACAUGAAAUAACAAAUCUGUGAAAAAUUGGGCAAAAUCCUUUGUAUGGGUCAGGAGAAAAUAGUGAGAAGCCAAUGGGCGGGUAUGACAACUCAAAAUAAGGACUUGUGUUUCUUGCUUAAAAUUGUCCAUGGUUUCAAACCAUGCAUAAUUUUAAGCAAGUAAUACAGGUCCUUCAUUUAGGUUGUCACAUCCGAAAUCAGCUGUUGCAUUUUGUUCAGGUUUUGAGUUACAGUUUACUCAAAAUAUGAAUUCAUUUCAGAGGGAGAUACUUCACAAAACAAAAUGGUUUUAGUAUGAACUUCACAAUCAGUAAGCUUUCAGACUCGAACUAAACGAUGCUGGUUUCACCAGUCACGCCAGUCCUGUAAAGACACUCACAAAACAAAACUUGGAUAGAAAAGAAAUUUGAGCACCCGAUAUUCAUUAUCCUUACCUCUGAUGUUCUUUAUCAAGGUUUCUGGCUGCUUUGUUGUUCUUUGAAAGGAUUCUAAAUAGAUAUAUAUUUUUCAUUGUUAUCACAAAAGUUAUUUUAUACUCCUUCAAACAACUUACUAUGGAUUUUUCUGCCAUUGUGAAGUUAGUUGUUUGCACACAUUUCAAGAUUCAGCAAUGAAGUUCUCAAGGAUUUUCCACUUCACAAUCACAAUGAAUAAUUAUGCUUCUGUUCGCUAUUUGUUUAAAUAAAUAUUAUUAAUGUAUACUAAGGCAAGCUUAGUUAAUUAAUUGUAUCACCCAACCAAAUAUUGGUGUUGAUGAAUGUAUAAGAGCAUUUUUGUUGUUUACAUUUCUAUGGGAUGUUUUAUUUUAUUCAAGAUUGUUUUACCACAGCCCCCUGUUCAUUUUGGCUGAGACAUUUUGUGCAUACUAUCCACUCGUCGUGCAGUUUAACUAUAUCUCAAAUGUUUAAAACCUCAACAGAAUUGGACUUCCUACCCCAUCCAGUAUCUCUGCAUUAUCGCUGAAACAAUCAAAAGGGCCAAAACAGAAAGGAAACUGCUUUCGCAUAGAACAACCAUCUCAGUUACAUGCACGAAAACGAAGUUGUGAAGAUAAGCCAUGAAAUUAAUGGUAUUAAUUUCAUUCAGCCGUAAUGUAUGUGUGUAAGUGUUGGACGAUCCAUUUUCUUGCGUUUGAGCUGGUGACCUGCUUUUAAACAACAAAAUGUGCAACAUUAUAUCUUUUAUAAUGAGCAACAUUUUCCUACACCAAGCAAACAAAGUUGUACUGGCGGUACACAGGUUUGCCAUUGUAUUUGAGAAGAAGAAGGAAAAAAAAAGGAAAGUUCUUAACACAGCAAAAACUUUUUAAUGCGUUUUUCUUUUUUGAGUCGCUUAGCUGACCAGGGACCAAUUUCAUGGCUCUGCGAAAUUUUUUGCACUAGACGUGUAAGCAAAAUAUACCUAGUAACGCAGAGAAUUCCCUGCUUCUGUUAGAUUCAAUUCUUUACUUUUUGUUUUAGAGCAUGACAUUAGGCCCAGCUGAAUGAACUGCACCAGCUUUGUUCAAUCUUCUCAUUGAUGUAGUUUCUCUAUUUUGAAGAACAAGGUGGAAACCCACCCUUGCUUCAUGCCCCUUCCUUCUCUAUAAAGUAAUUUUAUUCGGAAGAUACGACUGCUUGCCACGUUUUAGGAAGAAAGGAAUAAACAUGUAUGUAAAUAUUUUGUACUAAAUAACAACACCACUGUACUCAAAUUGAAGGUGUCACUGGAAUGUGAUAUUAAUAAUUAUGAUGUAUAAACAGUCACAAUAAAAAAUAUCGGAACUGAUUUUUCAAAGUUAUA